AUGGCCCAUCUUAGUGAGGUAGUGAAGUACUCCGAUGUAAAUAAAGCCAGUGUCGAGAAUAUUGCAAAGAUAUUUGGACCAUCAUUGUUCCAUACAGAUGAGGAAGUUAGCGCCGGUUAUGACAAUACGUCGCAACAGAUUGGAGCUGUCAUUGAUCUCAUU